CGACAUUUCAGUCCUUUGCCGGUGUCAUUGUGGACGCAAUACAACGGCAAGACUUAAUCAUUAUUUAUUGAUGUUAUAUUUUCUAAUUUAUUUUCGGGUUUAACUGUAUUCUCUACUUGAAAUUUUAUUUGGUAUAUAUUUAGCGACGAUACAGCUCGCUAGUUAUAUUUCAAAUACAGAACCGCCUUAGCCCUCGCGUUAGCAAGCUAGAUGAAAAGGGAUAUCUCUCGUUUAUACAGCGUGGAUCCAUAGCACUGUCACCGAAGACGUACAAAUCCCGAAACGCCAAGGCAAAUUGGAAUAAUCGGGCAUAUCUUUUUGGAUUUUUCUCUGGAAAAGGAAUGCUGCUCUCCAAGUUUAACUCUUUUGCUCACAUCUCAACCGUGGAUAUGCCGGCGAAAAUCCAGCUUCAAGUUCAACAAGUGAAAGAGAGGGAACCCUUCGAGAAAGUUUAUCAGGUCGGCGCUGUGUUGGGCAGCGGCGGAUUCGGCACAGUGUAUACUGGUUUGAGGAUUGCUGACGGAGCACCGGUUGCCAUCAAACAUGUGGCGAAGGACCGGGUGUCCGAAUGGGGAGAACUGCCCAAUGGCUCUCGUGUUCCCAUGGAGGUUUUGCUACUGAAGAAGGUGGGCACAGGUUUUCGGGGUGUGAUCAAGAUGCUGGACUGGUACGAGCGUCCAGAUAGCUUCAUCAUAGUCAUGGAAAGGCCGGAGCACGUCAAGGACUUAUUCGAUUUCAUCACGGAGAAGGGCGCUUUGCCCGAGGAGCUGGCGAGGAACUUUUUCCGCCAGGUCCUGGAAGCAGUUCGGCACUGUCAUAAUUGCGGCGUGGUACACAGAGACAUCAAAGACGAGAACAUUUUAAUUGAUCUGCGAACUGGCGAGAUGAAGCUGAUUGACUUCGGAUCAGGGGCGCUGCUCAAAGAUACUGUAUACACCGAUUUUGACGGUACUCGAGUGUACAGCCCACCGGAAUGGAUCAAAUAUCACCGAUACCACGGUCGGUCUGCGACGGUGUGGUCACUGGGCGUGCUGCUGUACGACAUGGUGUGCGGAGACAUCCCCUUUGAGCAGGACGAGGAGAUCCUCAGGGGCCACGUGCUCUUCCGCAGGCGAAUCUCCACAGAGUGCCAGCAGAUGAUCAAACUGCUGCUGUCCCUGCGGCCGUCCGAGCGGCCGUCCUUCGAGGACAUCAUCAACCACCCCUGGAUGCAGAGCGCCGCCGCCCCCUCCACGGAGCCCGCCGAGAUCCGGCUCCACAGCCUGAGUCACGAGUCCUCCAGCAGCUAACCGCAGAGACCCACCCUUCCCCCCCCUCCCCUCCGGAGCAGGGCUGAGAACGCAGCAGCAGUCCCGAGGACAGGCAGACUGACUCAUCACUUUUUAUUUUUUAUUUUUUAUUUUUUUAUUUUAUUUUAGAAUUUUUUUUUGCAUGAAGGCCUGAACUCGGUGACUGCCGCUGUAGGAGUUUUUGCGGAAGAGGCCGAGAGCCGUCACUCGGCGGAAAAACGCGCGGACUGCGGGCGCGUCGCCACGGAUACGCGCGGGUCCCGGUCGCGGCGAGAGCCGGAACGCCCCGGCGGUCGCCGGGCGGGGCAGGGGGCGACACGGGCAGGGAGCCAAUCGCCUUUGCCUUUCCUCUGACUGAAGCAGAGCCAUCGCCCUGAGCGACUGCAGGGUCCUCCUCCUCCUCACACAAGGGCAUGCUGUACGUCCCCCGUCGAGCGCUGCAGAAAGGACCAAGAGCAGCCAUACGCAGCUGAGCCUGCUCGUCACGCCAUCCCGGCAAACCGCCUGAGCUGCCCCCCAACCCCAGAGCUAACCGCACCCCACCCGCUGGUGCCGGGGGCGCAGAGAGGAACCUCGGAGGAGAGAAACACGAGCCAGACUCUCGCACCGGACAUUUCUCGCAUAUAUAUUAGUGCCUUCCAUGUGAGUUGCAUCAUCGGGGACUGAGGAAAAUACUUGAAUUUUGAAAAAAGAAAAAGAAAAAAAGAUUGCUGUUAUAUAAUCACUAACACCACUCUGUUCCUUAAACUGGACUCUUCUUAGGCUUCCGUCUUCACUAGCAGGCCCGGGGCAAUCCAUAGCCCCAUCUGGGCAUGCAUCGUCAAUAGAAACCAGAUAACCUCCAGACAAAUCGUGCAAACUCCCAACUGAAAUACUUACCUCAUGCUGGCGGCCAUCUUAGGCUCACCUCUCCACCCCGUUGUCCACACUGCCACCACUCACAUAGUCAUGAAUGCACACAGCAAUGCAACCACAAUAACAAAUAACUACAUUUGUGUUCUAAAUGUCUUCUUUUGUUCAUUUUUGUACAUAUGUACAUUUAUUUGUCAUACUAUAAAAUUCCAGGAUGGAACUGUUGUAAAGAUAUUUAUUUGUGACUUUGCGCUCAUACAAAAGCAAUGUGGGAUUAUUUAUUUAUUUAAAGAGAAAUAAUUUUUUGUCAGCAGUUUAUUUCAUUCCACACUGUUAUUGAAGGGCCCACAGAUUAUUUAAAUCUAUUUUUAACCAUAUUUAUGGCUUAAUUUUUUAAAAAACAAUUUAUGUGUGUAAAUAACCUUCAAAGCACUUCUGUUUCAAUGCAUGGUGUAUUGAAUGUCUACUGAAAUGGUAAAGCAAACUUGUUUUUUGUUUACCUAUUUUAAAAAAAGUGUCUGCUGUGCAUUUGUAUGGGUUGCGAAUGUCCCCUUGUAAAUACUGUGUUCACUAGCAGUUGCAUGAUUGCAGCUUGAAAUUUUUUUUCUCUCCCUCAUUUGAAUUGGAUUAGAAUUGUAAAUGAUACUAGAAUCAAAAUUAUUUUUUUAUACAAUUUCAAUAAAUAUUUUUUUUAGCCUUAA